UAUCUGCCACAUUAAAUAUGGCCGACGCUCCCACGCGUUGCAGCAUGGGGUCAAACAGCUCAAGGUGGUCUAUAUGUACAUGUCUGUGGCUGCAGCAGCCUCGCGGGCUGAGUGGUGUGAGAGAAUGGGAUAGCGCUGCAGCUGUCGUUAGGUGGAAGCGAAAUCAUUGCCAGGGCAGGUCUGCCCUGGUUCAUCGUAGUGAACAUAUUAUAGAAACGAAAACCAUGUCACGUAUUUCAGGGUAUUGUACGAAAAACAGCCACGUGGAAUGCAGAGCACUUGACGUAAGGGGGAGAGAACAACACCACAGACGAUAAAAGGAAGAUACGGCUGUCCUAUAUUUGGCACCACCAUUUUGGUUGGCAGGGAUGGAGCACAUCCGGACGCCCAAGGUGGAAAAUGUGCGUCUCUUGGACCGGUCGAAGGGCCAGAGAAAGGCCAGCGUUGGGACCCUCUACCUUUCAGCUACACAUUCAAUGUUUAUUGAGAACCACCCAGAGACUCGCAAGGAGACAUGGGUCUUACACAGUAUGGUAAGCAGUGUAGAGAGAUUGCCCACCACACCCACUGGUAGCCAGCUGAUCUUGCGUUGUAAAGAUUUCAGGAUCUUCCAGCUUCUCCUCCAACAGGAGAAAGAUUGCCUUGAUGUCCACACCUCAUUAUUGAGGUUGUCAAGACCAGAAAAGUACAGUGAGCUGUACUGUCUGUCCUUCAAUCCUAAUAUUAACAAGGAGGAGAGGCAAGAGUCAUGGAGCUUCAUAGACCUCAUGGCUGACUACAAAAGAAUGGGGGUUCCAAAUAACCUCUGGGUCGCAUCAGCAGCCAACAGCGAAUACAGGGUAUGUGAAACAUAUCCAUCCGAGCUAUUUAUUCCAAAGUCAGCCUCCCCUACCGUCAUUUUGGGCAGCUCAAAGUUCAGGAGCCGGGGACGAUUUCCUGCUCUGUCGUACUUUCACCAGGACACACUGGCUGCUGUGUGCAGGUGUAGUCAGCCACUGUCAGGCUUCAGUGGACGUUGUCAGGAGGAUGAGGCCAUGCUGCAGGCUGUGAUGAAAUCCAACCCCGGAAGUGCCUAUAUUUAUGUGGUAGAUACAAGGCCCAAGCUGAAUGCUAUGGCAAACAGAGCUGCUGGUAAAGGCUAUGAGAAUGAGGACCAUUAUACCAACAUCAAGCUGCACUUCAUUGGCAUAGAAAACAUUCAUGUGAUGAGGAACAGCCAACAGAAAAUUAUCGACGUGGGUGAAAUGCGAUCUCCAUCAAUGACUGACUUCCUUUGGGGUCUGGAAAACUCUGGUUGGCUGAAACACAUUAAAGCUAUCAUAGAUGCUGGAGUCUUCAUUGCCAGGGCAGUGGCUGAUGAAGGAGUCAGUGUGUUGGUCCACUGUUCGGAUGGUUGGGAUCGGACAGCUCAAGCCUGUUCGGUAGCCAGCGUACUGUUGGACCCAUUUUAUCGAACUAUCAAAGGAAUGAUGGUGCUGAUAGAAAGAGACUGGGUUUCAUUUGGUCACAAGUUUUCUCACAGGUAUGCCCACUUGGAUGGCGAUCCUAAAGAAGUGUCCCCGGUUAUUGAUCAGUUCUUGGAAUGUGUGUGGCAGCUGUCUGAACAGUUUCCAUGUGCCUUUGAGUUCAACGAGUGCUUCCUUAUUGCGAUACACACACACGUCUACUCCUGCCAUUACGGGACAUUCCUGGGCAACUGUCAAAAGGAACGCAAGGAUAUGAGGCUUCAUGAACGGAGUCAUUCGGUGUGGCCCCAGCUAUGGAAGGACAGAGCAGACUUUACCAAUCCACUGUACAAGGCUGAACUGAGUCAAUGUCAGGGUGUCCUGAGACCUAACACCACCCCCUACUGUUUUAAAAUGUGGAAGGGACUUUACAACCAUACGGAGCGGUCAUCGCCUCCUUGCCAAUCACCUGCAGACUUCCUGUCUGCUAUGAGGGAGGAGUCCCUGCAGCUGGAAGAGGAAUUGACCAAUCACCAGGAGAGGAUAUCUGUGCUAACAGAGAAGCCAAUAACCUUGGAGAAAGUAGUGGUUAAAAGGAGGACUCGGCACAUUCAACAGAGACACUGUGGGCCGGACCCACCCACCACAUACGCAAUCCCAAUCACCAGCCCCGCACAGGACCACAAGACCUUUGGACCAGCCGAUCAAAACACCAAGGUGAAACCCCCCACUCUCAUCCUGCCCCUAGGCCAGUCCGUCCUGGUCAAACAUCUCAACGCGGACGACAUCUCCAGCGACCUGGAAUCAGGUGUGGCCGACCUCAGCAGUCGGUCUUCCAGUGGUGGGGAGGAGGGCAAGGACCCUGAGACGGACAAGGUAGCCUUCACUACAGCCUGACUUAUAAUUAACAAAUAAUUGGAGUCGAAGUCUGUUCGCAUUGUUUCAUUUUAAAUGCUUUUUGUUGUUCUUCACAGAUGUUUUUUGUCACACAUUAUUUAAGAUGAGAGAGCCUCUUUUCUUUUUUUUUAAAUAUAAACAAAAUCUGAGCGCUCAUUUGCUGUAUUUUUAAUUAAAGAACCGCACUUGUACAAUGGGGUUGUUAUACAUUUCAUGCAAGGUAAUUGCAAUAUUGCUCAAUACAAACCUAGCGAGAGUUUAUUUACAUUACGAUUAUGAAGUGGCUGCUGCAUUACAAGUUCAUUCAAUUUGGCUUUUUGACAAAGAAACUGUUGGUUCUGUAAUCAUGUCGGUCAUAAGAUGUAACGGCUAUCUAUUUUGGGAAAUAAGAGUUGCUUCAAGAAAAAUCUUGCUUCAAGAGAAAUAAUGGUUAUGGUACUCAUCAUCUAAGCAACUCAGAAAGAGAAAUUAGUGUCAAACGUUUGUCAUGUAGUAUUAACAUUGAAAAGCCAAUGUGGAACGGUUUGGUUUUAAACUGCUAUUUUACUGGAUUAUAGAACCCCUAGGAAUCACUUUGUCAAUGAACUAGAAGGGAUGGAUGGACUUAAUAAAGGAAGAACUAAAUGUGAA